AUGUACGAGCGACGGGCGACCAAGAAAAACGACAUCGUCUUUGACGAAGUCACAAGCUUCGUCUUGAUCAGUACGAGCCCGCCGUUCCUUCUUUUUUACUGGAUUACUUAUCACUACUUCGAUGCAUCAAUCGCCUCUGCAGCUUCCGAAUUGCUUUCGAACAAUCCAUUCGACUUCUUCUUCUCCCGUAUCCCGCAAUUAACAAAGGCCUCAGUCUUAGCUUACUCGCUUUGGAUCAUCAUCCAAGCCUUGCUCCAUGUGUAUGUGCCGGGGCAACUGCAUAUUGCCCCACGGACCCCCGGCGGAAGACAGCUCAGAUAUAAGUUAAAUGGGCUGCGGGUUUGGAUACUUUCGGUUGGAGGUGCGGCAAUGCUAUGCUACAAUGACAUCCUUGACCCUGCGUUCAUUGCUAUUCAUUGGGGUGAUUUGCUCAUGGCGGCCAAUGCAUAUGCUCUGAUUUUGGUCCUCACUUUCUGGAUCAAAGCUCGGAUUAAGCCUGACCACCAAGGCGAUACCCUCAUUACAGGAAACUUUUUCUAUGAUCUCUACAAUGGCGGAGAGCUUCAUCCGCGUAUCGGGGAAUUCAUGUUCUUCGACACACUUGACGGUGCGCAUGAACGAUUCAGCUUUUAUAACAUUUACGGAUUCACCGCAAUGAUGCCACAGAUCUGGACCCUGCAGACGCAAUACUUUGCGCAUCACCCCGUCACGCUCUCUGGGCCCGCUGUCAUCCCUGCCAUUGUUCUGUUUUCUACAGGUUGGACUUUGAAUCACACCGUGAAUCGUCAGAAGAAUCUUGUUCGGGCAACGAGAGGCGAUUGCACGAUCUGGGGCCAGAAACCUCGCUGCAUCGUGGCCAAAUACAAGACCGCCGACGGCAAGACGCACCAGACGCUUCUUUUGUGCUCAGGUUGGUGGGGUCGAGUUAGACAUGCUAACUAUGUCGGGUCUGCUUUGUAUACAUGGGCAUCGUGUGCCAUUUGUGGGACUGGCAGCCUAUUCCCGUAUGCGGAAGCCAUACUUGUAACUGUCACCGUGAUUCACCGCUGCUUCAGGGACGAGGGUAGAUGCCAGACGAAAUAUGGCAAGGCGUGGGAUGAGUAUUGCGACUUGGUUCGAUGGAGGUUGAUCCCGGGGGUAUUCUAG